AUGGAAAAAUUAACAGACAUACAAAAAGGAAUAGCAGAAAAACGUCCGGCAAUAUGCCAACAAAAAUCUAAGAUGGAUGGAUUUUAUGGUGGUGUUUGUGGAGGAAUAUUGACAGGCAUUCUGUCGAAGAGAGUUCUAAAACUACCAUCGAACAAAGUUGCAUUAUCGGUAUUGUCUUCUUCGGUUCUAAUAGGAUAUAUAGUUAGUUAUAAGUCAUUCAGUUCAUGUAUGGCACACGCACAACUGCAACAACUACAAAAACACGAUACUGCGAGUCGAAAAGAAGAUAUGGAGGGAAUGUUAGAUGAAAUUUCAAGGGAUCAGUCUCAAGAGAGUGUCUUUACAGAUCCUUAUAACGCUGAGGAUG